GUAUCCUCCCCUCGUUUCCCCACCACAAAGCCCCCUGUGCCGCGCCGCAGCCCCCACGCCGCUCUUUCCCUCACACACACACACACAGACACACAUCCGUUGCCCGCCCCUCCUUUCUUCCUUCCUGCCUUCCUCCUCCUCCCCCCGUCAAACCCGUGACAGCCUUUGAGGCGCGCCCUGCCAGGCCGGAGCUGCCGUUUUGAGGGCAGGCUGAGGGGCGGCCGCGCGUUGCCUUCGCCCGCCAGCCGACGGGACGACCUGAGCGACCGCGCGGGGUGUGUGCCCCGUACUGCGGGCCCUCCGCUUUCGUAGGCGCCGGGACGGGCGCCGGCGACGACCAUGGGCUCGACCGAGGAACUGCUGCUGCCGCCCGAGUACCUCUUGGAAAGCGAGUGGGAACGGGAAUCGGCGCCGCCGUUGCCGCCCUUAAGGGGCAGAGGGAGCGCGUCCCGCCACAAGCGGCGGCGGCAGCAGCAGCAGCAGCAGCAGCAGCAGCAGCAACCCCAGUCACCCCAGUCCUCGCUGCCUCUGGCGGGGGACGAGGACAAGCCGCAGCAGCAGCAGCAGCAGCAGCAGCAGGUCCUACAAGAAGAAAGGGAAAAUAAUACUGAAUCAAUUACUGAUGACUAUAAAAAGAUGGGGACUCUCUUUGGUGAACUCAACAAAAGCCUGCUAAGAAUAGGAUUCACAAGGAUGUAUUUUGGAGAAAGGAUUGUAGAACCUGUAAUAAUCCUGUUCUUCUGGAUUAUGCUCUGGUUUCUUGGACUACAAGCUCUUGGAUUAGUGGCUGUCCUGUGCCUUGUUAUUAUAUAUGUUCAGCAAUAAAAUACACUGGAUAGACUAUUUCAUAUCUUGAUGGAUUUACAUAUUUAGCUGAACAAGAGUACAAAUCAUUGAGCUGAAUAUUGUGUAGCCAUUAAAUAUUUGCAUGGGUUUUUCUUUCUUCCAAUCUUUGUAAUUUAAAAAGAAAAGGCAUUCUUAUCUGUCAUGAAUAGGUGAGUAAAAGAUUCUCAGUAUGGGGCUGUGUAGUCAAAUCCUUCAUUUAGUAAAUCCUAUUCACAUUUUAAGAGGCUUGGAGGUACAAACAUAUUUUUCAUAGUAUGAAUGGUGCUUUUAUAUUCAUGUAACAACUGUUCUCAAAAAUACAUUUUAUAUUAAAACUAAAUGUUAAAAAGCCAAUUUUAUGAGCUCUAGUGUUACAUGAUUUUUUAUCACCGUGUAAAUCUUGCAGAUUUCUUUACUGAUGUGUAUGCAUAGGAACUUAUCUUAAGCAAAUCUGUUUUUGUAUAAAUAGUGUCAUUAAUGAUUUGUAUGUAUUAUGUAAUGUAUUAGAAAAAUGUCAGUCUAAAAAUUCUUAAAUAAGACAGUAAAUCUGGUCAUUUUUUUUCAUUUCAUUUUUUUCAUUAUGUGUGCACUUAGAAAAUUUUAUCUGGAAAAAAUUAGGAUUCCUCCUUUCUUUUUAAUGGAGUUCUAAUUUAUCUCAGUUUAAUUAUGUGCAGUCUCAGCAGACAGAUUAUAACAACAAGCUACCUAAAGUAUUUUUGCUGAAAUUGUCCAUGUUUUCCCUUUUAAAUGAGUAUUUUGGGGAGAAGAAAUAAAUACAUUUCCUAGUAAUAAAAUCAAGGACUAAUAUGUAUUGAGCCAAAAUAUUGUUAUCAAGUUUACAAUGUAAAUAUUGACAUCAAAGAACUUAUUAGACCAUAGACGCCGCAUUAAGUUAUUUAAGAACCAUGCAGAACGUAAUUGAUAAAAACAGCUUGCACAGUUGCUCCUCAAAGCCAUGCUUCCUGUUACUUUGUUAAGUCAGUAUUGUGCAACUCCACUGAAAUUUUUUUCAGUUAAGUUCUUUGUAUAGCUUAAAAGUAUGAUAGUUAUGAUUACAUUGAUUUACCAAGUGAAAUUUUUUUGAAGAGGAAAAUUGGGAUAAGUAGUAUAUCCAUCAUAACUGUAGAAAUGCAUUGCCAAACAAAUUCAGUCCACAAAUGAAAAGUCCUUUUUGCCAUGUUUACCACAGCAAGAAUCCAAUGCAGAAGUAAAAGAGAUUACUUUUUAUCUGCAAGACUAUUAUGGCAUUCUUAUACUGUUCCAAGUAUGGUACUGAUUUCUGAAGAAAUAUGUAUGAAAAUAUCGGCAUAACACUAGAUCAGUGGUUUAAAGACAAAAGGAAGAUUGACUGGAUAAAAACUAGCUUUCAUGAUAUUUGUUAUUUAUGGUAAUAAAAAUUUUAUAUUUAUACUUCAGCUGUUCUAGGCAGGACAUUUUAAAAUAUUUGUAGCUGAAAUUGGCUUUUAUUAUUUAAAUUUAAAAGAAAUUCCAGCCUUCAUUUUAAUAGUCAAUUUUUAUUUCAUUGAGUCACUAGAUUUUAUUUUUUACUCAUCUAAUUCAUGCAAAUAUUUUUAAAAUUAAAACUUGCUUAUUUUGUUGUAGACUUUAAAAAUAUCACUGUUCUGUUGAUGUGACCCUAUCUAAACAAUCUACAAAAAUCAAGAUUGAUUCUGUAAUUAAAAAAAUCCAAUGAAUUGUUUCGUAUCUUGGGUGGCUGUUACAGCUCUCUAAUAGACAUCUGAAGGUUCUCAUUUUGUAGAGGAAGCAUGCUGAUGUGUUUCAAUGAAAUGUCAGAAUAUGUACAGAAAAACCAGCUUCUCAGCAAUCAGUAUAGCUGGGUAUUCUAUGCCCUUUUGGGAGGACAAGAGUGGGCUCCAGUUUAGAAUGUGAACAAUGUCUUUAUAGGUAUUCAGAAGACUAAUU